GGCAUCAGGGAGUCAUGGUAGGGAUGGGCCAGAAGGACAGCUACGUGGGAGAUGAAGCUCAGAGCAAGAGAGGUAUCCUGACCCUGAAGUAUCCCAUUGAACAUGGCAUUGUUACUAACUGGGAUGACAUGGAGAAGAUCUGGCACCAUACCUUCUAUAAUGAGUUGAGGGUGGCCCCUGAAGAGCACCCGGUCUUGCUCACCGAAGCUCCUCUGAACCCCAAAGCCAAUCGGGAGAAGAUGACUCAGAUCAUGUUUGAGACCUUCAACACGCCAGCCAUGUAUGUGGCCAUCCAGGCAGUGCUGUCCCUCUACGCCUCUGGCCGUACCACAGGGAUCGUCAUGGACUCUGGAGAUGGAGUCACCCACACGGUGCCCAUUUAUGAAGGUUACGCUUUGCCCCAUGCCAUCCUGCGUCUAGAUCUGGCUGGCCGUGACCUGACUGAUUACCUCAUGAAGAUCUUGACGGAGAGGGGAUACAGCUUCACCACCACAGCUGAGAGGGAGAUUGUGAGAGAUAUUAAGGAGAAGCUCUGCUAUGUUGCUUUGGAUUUCGACCAAGAGAUGGCCACGGCCGCAUCCUCCUCCUCUCUGGAGAAGAGCUAUGAGUUACCUGAUGGGCAGGUGAUCACCAUUGGCAAUGAGCGCUUCAGGUGUCCAGAAGCCCUCUUCCAACCCUCCUUUCUGGGUAUGGAAUCAUGUGGCAUCCAUGAGACCACCUUCAACUCCAUUAUGAAGUGUGACGUGGACAUCCGCAAGGACCUCUAUGCCAACACGGUCCUAUCAGGAGGGACCACCAUGUACCCAGGCAUUGCUGACAGGAUGCAGAAGGAGAUCACAGCCUUGGCCCCCAGUACAAUGAAGAUCAAGAUCAUUGCUCCUCCGGAGCGCAAGUAUUCUGUGUGGAUUGGGGGCUCUAUUUUGGCCUCUCUCUCCACCUUCCAGCAGAUGUGGAUCAGCAAGCAAGAGUAUGAUGAAUCUGGUCCGUCCAUUGUCCACCGUAAAUGCUUUUGAGUGUCUUUUGUUUCUAGACAAACAAAAUAAGAUUUUUAAAAAAUGUUUGAUGUGGUCCUCCUGAAUCGGCUCUCUUGUUUUCUGUUGCUUGGCAAUUCUUAUCACUGGAAGCCUGUGCUUGUGUAUUCCUCGAAAUUUUUCCUUCUCUUCCUUGCUGCUGGUGAUAUAGCCCUGCUUUCAUUCUAGUAUAAUUGAAGCUGUCCUAAUGUUCCAUGAUAGAGCAAGAUUUUGAUGUGAAUGUGCCCCUUUGUUUGUUUGGGGGAAAAAUAAAUCUUCAGAAUGGAAUAAUAAA